GUACCCACACUCUUAAACUUUGGAUUGGACCGGCUGGAUUCAACGGACCCGCCAUUCGCACGACUCUGCGAUUCCUUCUCUGCGACGGAGCCAGGAGGGUGACGAGGGAUUCAACUAGACCAAUAAUUUUCUUUCAUUUGCUCUCUUCUUGGAGCUCUGCAUCGAGGUGAAGAGGGCCAGAUUUACGGAGCAGGAGACCAUGGAGGAUCUAGGAAUAGAAGCUAAGGAUGCAGCCGUUCGUGAGGUCGCGAAGUUGCUUCCGCUUCCGGAGUUGCUCUCUUCCAUAGCCUCCAUCAGAGUUGACUACAGCUCUAGACAACAGGCAAAUGAUGCACAGCUAAGUACAAUGGUUGCUGAACAAGUUGAACAAGCUCGUGCUGGCAUCGAUGCUCUUGCUUUAUCCCAGAAGACGAUAAAUCAGCUACGAGAAAACUUUUCGGCCAUUGACAAAAUUUUCCAGGAAUGCCAAACACUUAUUGAAAACCAUGAUAAGAUAAAACUACUUAGCAAUGCAAGGAACAACUUGAAUACCACCCUAAAGGAUGUGGGAGGAAUGAUGUCAAUUUCUGUUGAAGCUGCUGCUGCUCGUGAUUCCCUGCAUGAUGACAGAGAGCUUAUUCACACAUUCGAGAGGCUAACAGCACUUGAUGGUAAGAGACGCUUUGCAUUAGCAGCAGCAGGAUCACACAAGGAAGAGGUUGGCAGGCUAAGAGAAUACUUUGAAGAUGUUGACCAAACAUGGGAGACCUUUGAGAAGACACUAUGGGGGCAUAUUUCAAACUUCUAUAAGCUUGGAAAGGAGAGCCCACAAACACUUGUUCGAGCUCUGAGGGUGAUAGAAAUGCAAGAAAUCCUUGAUCAGCAACUGGCUGAGGAGGCAGCAGAGGCCGAGGGUGGGGGUGCCAUGGCAUCAAUUACGAAUUCUAGAAGAGCUGCAAAAAAAGGUGCAGCUGUUACAGCUUCUCCAAGAAAUGCUCCGCAUGAGAAGAAAAUUCAGGGAAAAUGUUACAAGGAUAAGUGCUAUGAGCAAAUUAGAAAAACAGUUGAAGAAAGGUUUAACAAAUUGCUGACACAGCUUGUGUUUGAAGAUCUAAAAGCUUCUUUGGAGGAAGCCCGAGAGAUUGGUAAUGAGCUUGGAGACAUUUAUGACUUUGUGGCUCCUUGCUUUCCCCCAAGAUAUGAAAUUUUCCAGCUAAUGGUUAAUCAAUAUACGGAAAGGUUUAUUCAAAUGCUUAGGCUUUUCAGUGAUAGGGCAGAUAAUUUAACAAAUAUAGAAAUAUUAAAGGUGACUGGAUGGGUUGUUGAAUACCAAGAAAAUUUGAUUGGCCUUGGAGUUGACGAGUCUUUAGCUCAGGUCUGUUCUGAAAGUGGCGCCAUGGAUCCACUAAUGAAUGCAUACAUGGAACGGAUGCAAGCUUCAACGAAGAAAUGGUACACAAAUAUUUUGGGUGCUGACAAGGUACAACCGCCUAAGAAAACAGAAGAUGGCAAGCUGUACACACCAGCAGCUGUGGAUCUAUUUCGAAUUUUGACUGAACAAGUUCAAAUUGUUAGAGAGAACAGCACAGACGUUAUGCUGUACCGUACAGCACUUGCAAUUAUUCAGGUUAUGAUUGAUUUUCAAGCUGCUGAGAAACACAGGUUAGAAGAACCAGCUUCUGAAAUUGGCCUGGAGCCUCUCUGUGCCAUGAUUAAUAACAACUUGCGUUGCUAUGAGCUUUCGAUUGAGCUUAGUAACAGCACCCUUGAAGCUCUUCCGCAAAACUAUUCUGAGCAAGUUAAUUUUGAAGAUACCUGCAAAGGUUUCCUUGAGGUUGCAAAGGAAGCUGUUCACCAAACUGUUAAUGUUAUAUUUGAAGAUCCAGGUGUUCAGGAAUUACUCGUAAAGCUUUACCAGAAAGAUUGGCUGGAUGGAAUGGUAACCGAAUAUCUAGUUGCAACCUUUGGUGAUUAUUUUACAGACAUUAAAAUGUACAUUGAGGAAAGAUCGUUCAGAAGGUUCGUGGAAGCUUGCCUGGAGGAAACUAUUGUUGUUUAUACUGAUCAUCUCCUUUCUCAGAAAACUUAUAUUAAAGAAGAAACAAUUGAACGGAUGAGGCUUGAUGAAGAGGUUUUGAUGGAUUUCUUCCGUGAGUAUAUCAGUGUUACAAAAGUUGAAACCAGAGUGAAGAUACUGGCUGAUCUUAGAGAGCUUGCAUCUGCCGAGAGUCUAGACAGUUUCACGCUCAUCUAUACAAAUAUUCUCGAACAUCAACCCGAUUGCCCGCCUGAGAUUGUUGAGAAACUUGUGGCACUCCGAGAAGGCAUACCACGCAAGGAUGCUAAGGAGGUGGUCCAAGAGUGCAAAGAGAUAUAUGAAAAUUCUCUCGUGGAUGGUAAUCCUCCAAAGACCGGCUUUGUAUUUGGAAGAGUAAAGUGCCUGCUGCAACCGAAAGGCCUUUGGAGGAAGCUUGCUCAGUAAAAAAAA